AUGACAAAGCUUGCACUCUCUAUUGUUUGUCUUUUUUCACGACCUUUUUCUACGGCGGAUGAGGAUAUGGACAAUGUUCAAGGGGGGGGGGAGGAGGAAAAGGGGGUAGGCGGAGGUGUGCGGUUGUUGGGCCUCUAUCAAAACUCAAACCGACGACUUGUAUACAACACAUGCUUCUUUAUGACUUGGAUUUUCAUUCUAGUACACACCAUUCUAAAAUGUAUUAAUAGAAACAAGAACAUUCUAGGCUCUGUUUUCUCUCUUUUUUGAUUGUAUCUUGAGCCAUACAUCCCUUGGUUUCAUCAAGUAAGUCUUGUGUCCUUUUUUCUUCAUUUGACCUACUGAACGGGAUCAAAAGGAAUGCUGUUGGAUAGCAUGCACUUGACUUAAAACAUUCGCCCAUCAAAAAAAAAAAGAAAGAAAGUG